AUGAAGCUAGCGGGGCUUGACCGUGGACUGGCUGCGCAGACAUGUCUCAAACUGUGUAGUUCGUGAGGGGGACCAAGGGUUUGCAGUAAUGCUUAGGAUGGCGAACAAAGAUAUCGGGGCAAACGUCUGGCAAAUAAAAAGCAAAGUGAGUGUUGACUAGGGCCCCAUCGCGGCGCUUCUCUCUUCGUGAUGGCCCCAUUGUGCAAACCACAAAGGCCUUCCAAAUGCAGUCGGCGCAUCCCCGUACUUACUCUUCACUAGGCAGAGCACCCAACUGGUGUCCUCUUCGUGCCCGCAACACUUACACCUCGCAUCGAGUGUUUUCUGCACCUCGCGCAAAGAUGUCCGUCCAGGAGUACAUUGAGAAGCAUGGUCUGGAGAAGAAGGUGGAGGAGGUGCUGAACCUGUGCGUCAAGGAGAAGCCUGAGGAGCCCCUGUCUUUCAUGGCCAAGGCCCUGGGCCAGCUGACGCCGCCGGAGAUCGUCAAGGUGGUCGGACGCCAAAUUAUCGACUCGCGCGGCAACCCCACUGUUGAGGCCGAUGUGUACACCCGCAAGGGCAUGUUCCGUGCUGCCGUGCCCUCCGGUGCCUCGACCGGUGUGCACGAGGCUGUGGAGCUGCGCGACGGCGACAAGUCCAAGUACCUGGGCAAGGGUGUGACCAAGGCUGUUGAGAACAUCAACGCUAUUAUUGCCCCCGCCCUGAAGGGCAUGGACCCCGUCAAGCAGGCGGAGAUUGACCAGAAGAUGAAGGACCUGGACGGCACUGACAACAAGGGCAAGCUGGGUGCCAACGCCAUCCUGGCCGUCUCCAUGGCCGUGUGCAAGGCCGGUGCCGCUGAGAAGGGCGUGCCCCUGUACAAGCACAUUGCGGACCUGGCCGGCAACAGCAAGCUGAUCCUGCCCGUGCCCUCGUUCAACAUCAUCAACGGCGGCAGCCACGCCGGCAACGCCCUGGCUAUGCAGGAGUUCAUGAUCCUGCCCGUUGGCGCCUCGAGCUUCUCUGAGGCCAUGCGCAUGGGCUGCGAGGUGUACCACGCCCUGAAGGGCCUGAUCAAGGCCAAGUACGGCCAGGACGCCUGCAACGUGGGUGAUGAGGGUGGCUUCGCCCCCAACAUCGGCUCCAACGAUGAGGGCCUGAACUUGGUGAACGAGGCCAUCGAGAAGGCCGGCUACACCGGCAAGGUGAAGAUCGGCAUGGACGUGGCCUCGUCGGAGUUCUACACCGAGGACGGCAUGUACGACCUGGACUUCAAGAACCAGCCCAACGAUGGCUCGCAGAAGAAGACCAAGGAGCAGAUGCUGGAGCUGUACAACGAGUUCUGCAAGAAGUACCCGGUCAUCUCCAUCGAGGACCCCUUCGAGCAGGACGACUGGGAGCCCUGCGCCAAGCUGACCACCGAGAACAUCUGCCAGGUGGUCGGCGACGACAUCCUGGUGACCAACCCCGUGCGCGUGAAGAAGGCCAUCGACGCCAAGGCCGUCAACGCUCUGCUGCUCAAGGUCAACCAGAUCGGUACCAUUACCGAGUCCAUUGAGGCCGUGCGCAUGGCCAAGGAGGCCGGCUGGGGUGUCAUGACCAGCCACCGCUCGGGUGAGACUGAGGACUCUUUCAUCGCCGACCUGGCGGUGGGCCUGGCCUCCGGCCAGAUCAAGACCGGCGCCCCCUGCCGCUCGGAGCGCAAUGCCAAGUACAACCAGCUGCUGCGCAUCGAGGAGGAGCUGGGCGAGAACGCUGUGUACGCUGGCGAGAGCUGGCGCCACAUCGGCUGGUAAACAGCCGACAGCUUGGCUGGGGCCUGACUUGCGGAAGCAGCUGGAGUCGGCGGCGUGACGCGUGGUGGUCUAGCUUGGAGGGUGGUGGUCGGGAUGCAAGCUCGGAUUGUUUGCGGGAACUUGGUGGAGAUGGGAUGCCUAGCGGCAUCGUAGGGUUGGAGCAGUGGUGCAGGAGGCGUUGCGGGGAUCGGGUCGUCCUUGGUAGAGCAGAAGGGGCAGAUGUUUGCACAGCGGCUGCGGCUCAGCUGACCGUUGUGAAUUUGUAGUGCCGACAUGCACACUGAAGAAAGAAUGAGUUGCACGUGCGGUGCAGCAGACGGGAACCUGCAUAAGGACUUCUGCGGCGUUCAGGGCGGACUGUGUAAGGUCUUUUGUUC